GUCUAGAGGCGAGACUGCGCGAAAGAUAACAGCGCACAGUGAAUCCUGCAGGCAUGUGAAGAUCCAAACAGAGCUCAUUAUAUACAUAUUCAAGCCUCAUAUUUCUUAUUAAAUCAUUUCCAUUAUAUUUAAGUAUUCUAUUUCCCUUAAAAGGGUAUAUAUUUUACUGCAAAUAUGACAGCAUUAUCUCUACUGUUUAUGGCCGUGUCCUUCGCUUUAAUAACUGCAGAAUCAUCUGUUUAUUUCCGAGAGCAAUUUGAAGACGGCGACACCUGGAGGAGCCGAUGGGUGGAAUCCAAGCAUAAAUCAGACUACGGCAAGUUUGUGCUUUCUGCAGGCAAAUUUUAUGGCGAUGCUGAGAAAGAUAAGGGUCUUCAGACCAGUCAGGAUGCUCAUUUCUACGCGCUAUCAUCCCGCUUUGCUGAUUUCAGCAACAAGGAUCAGCCCUUCGUGAUCCAGUUCACUGUAAAACAUGAGCAGAGCAUUGACUGUGGUGGAGGCUACAUCAAACUUUUCCCAUCAGACCUCAAACAGGAAGAUAUGCAUGGAGACUCCACAUAUAAUAUCAUGUUUGGUCCUGACAUCUGUGGUCCUGGCACUAAGAAAGUACAUGUAAUCUUCAAUUACAAAGGCAAAAAUCAUUUGAUCAACAAAGACAUUAGAUGCAAGGAUGAUGAAUACACCCACUUAUACACGUUAAUUGUCAAUCCUGACAACACUUAUGAAGUCAAGAUUGAUAAUAAGAAGGUAGAGUCUGGAUCUUUGGAAGAAGACUGGGACUUCCUGCCUCCCAAAAAGAUCAAAGAUCCCGAAGCGAAAAAGCCUGAGGACUGGGAUGAGAAAGAGAAGAUCGACGACCCUGAUGACAAGAAACCAGAGGACUGGGACAAACCCGAGAACAUCCCUGAUCCUGAUGCCAAGAAGCCUGAUGACUGGGACGAUGAGAUGGAUGGGGAGUGGGAGCCGCCCAUGGUCACCAAUCCUGAAUACAAGGGUGAGUGGAAACCACGCCAGAUUGACAAUCCUGCUUACAAGGGGAAAUGGGUGCACCCUGAGAUUGAUAACCCGGAGUACACCGCUGACACCGAAAUCUAUAAAUACGAUAGCAUCGGAGUGAUUGGACUGGACCUGUGGCAGGUGAAGUCUGGCACAAUUUUUGACAACUUCCUCAUUACCAACGACCCCAAGCUGGCAGAAGAGGUUGGCAAUGAGACUUGGGGUGCCACAAAGGAUGCUGAGAAAAAGAUGAAGGAAAGUCAAGAAGAAGAAGAAAGAAAGAAGCGUGAGGAAGAGGAUAAGACAAGAAAGGAGGAGGCAAAGGAUGAAGAGGAAGAUGAAGAUAAGGAAGAGGAAGAAGAGGAGGAAGAGGAAGAAGAAGACGAGGAGGAAGAGGACGAAGAAGAGGAAACAGACUCUAAACUCAAAGACGAGUUGUAGAUUUCAACAGGAACUUGUGACUGGGGUACAAUGCAGAGAACUGGACUAAUGCUGGACAUUCCUUUUUGUUGUGUGUCGGAUGAUUCCGGCAGGAUUUUUUUUUUUUUUUUUUGUGCUGUUCCACUACUACAAACCUAUUUAUAGAUUAACUUUUUUCAUAAUUUUUAUUUGCAUGAUGUCAGGCAAAGCCCCAAGCAUUUUCAUUCAGGCAGGGUUGAAGGGAGCCAACAUAGUGUGAGAUAUGAUCCAUAAAAAUUUUAAUGCUCAUGUUUACAAAUGCCAGAUAUCCUGUUUGCUAAGCAAUUCUGUGACAUGAAACUUGAAUCAUAAGUCAUCAACUGGUAGCUACCGUACUCAGACACUAGAAUAAUUACCUCAAAAAACAUGAACUUAAUCUAGUUUGUUGGUAAUGUGGAGCAGUUUUGAGGUACUGUUGCCACCGUUUUGUUCCAUAUUUCACUUCUGUUACAGAAUAUACCGAGUUGUUUAGAUAGAUGCCAUCUCAUCUACAGCAUUUUGGCUUGACACAGUUUUACGUGUGUGUUUGUGUUUGUGUGUGUGUGUGUGUGUGUGUGUGUGUGUGUAUGUUGGGUUUGUAAGAGAGUCCUCACUUUAUUGCAUGUUUCGUUUUAACCCAAACCUCAAAUUCAUAACCUCUUAAUGUCAAUCUAUCAGUGACCAGGUUUAAAUCUUGGUUGUGUACUAUCCUAAACAGACUCUGGAUCUCACAAGCUGAUACAGUUUUGAUCUGAAAUUGGUCAGCAAGCAAAUUCUGACACACCUGGUUUCCCAAAAGUUGAAAAUGAAGAAUUUCCCCAUCUGACUGAUUGAAUUUUUGGAGAAAGUAAAUUAAUAUCAACAAUGUUUUUUAGCUGCAAAACUCUUGUGUGUGUUUGCUUUGGUUCUUUUCAGUAACUGAAUUGCUGAUUGAUUUAAUUUGGCAAAUGUGAUAAUCAAGCCCUAAAUCUGUGGAGUGUGGAAAAAUGGAAAGCUUGUGAGAUUUCAAGGGUGUUACGAGGAAAGUUCCAUAGCUUUUCUAGUAACACUUCUGCUCUCCAACAGAGAUUUCACAGCCAUUGUGAAUAUUGCACUGCUGUACUGCUUCAAUCAGAUACUUCUCCCAACAAAAUAGAUUGUGACCUUUUUUUUUAAGAUAUAUUUUGUACUUUUUGUGUUUGAAGGACAUUCCUUGACAUAUUGAGAAGAAAAGCUCUGGUAUGAAAGUUGCUGUCCAAUAAUAAAACUACAAAAAGAGUCAUUUA